GGCCUCUCGUCCCUAUGCCAUCGGUUUGAGUGAGUGAAAGAAAGAGUUGUAAACAAUAGAAUUUCACUUGAAGCAGGCGUUCCUAGCGGUCAUUCAUCGAACACGUGAUCGUCGUCGUAGAUGUCGCUGGCGAAGAGGGAUCGGAUUGAUUUCGGAUUACGACGUUGUUUUGAAUUAUAGUCCAGGAGCAAAAAAUGAUUGGAGUCAAACAUGUGCUUUCUCUUCGCACUUCUCGUUUGAUUUCACGAGCUCUUGUGAAGAAUACCAACAUGAGCACUCCUACAACAAACCCACAACAACAACUCAACAAAGCUGACGACUCACCAGAUGUUCAACUAGAGGGUUUUGUUCAUAGCCUAAGUCCUGUUAAGCAUGCGAAAAAAAAAAACAGAAAACCAUACUUUGACUGUCUUGUCCAAACUGGAGAAGAUGAAAAGGUCCGUGCCGUGUGCUAUGACCCACAGCUAAGAAAAAAUCUCCUUGAACCAUACCAAAAUAAAUCACCAAUAAAAAUCACAGCCACCAAAAGAAUGGCUAGCACCAGUACCUCUGAAGAGUUCAGAAUGACGAAAAAAUCAAAGAUAACAUCAGCAGCGCCAGAAUUCUCAUAUAACUCCCAAGUUGUCUCAUCUAUUGUGAUGGUGCAAGAAGCGUUAUCAGCGCCAGAAUACAAGGCAGUUGACAUUGUUGCUAAGGUGGUAACAAAGAAUCACGAAAAUCAAUUGAUCAUUAAACAAGGUCAACAGCUAAAGAAAUCAGACUGUAUCAUUGGUGAUGAGCAUAGCACAAUAAAACUCACUCUCUGGGAAGACCUCAUUGACAGAGUAGAAUGUGGGAAAACGUACACAUUUAAGAAUGUUAGAAUCAGAGUAUUUGAUAACGUUAAAUAUCUAUCUACAAAUACUUCAACAUCAAUUGAACCAGCUGAUCGACAAAUCCAUGACAUAAACUUAACAUCUGAGCAAUUUGCUGAAAAUAUUAUCGAGGGACGGUUUAUCGGUGCCAAUGUGAAAGCAGCAAACUCUUGUGUUGUAUGCAACACCACGCUAAAUCAAGAUGAUAGUGAAGAUGACAUGAUAACAUGUCCCCUGCCAACUUGCCAAACAACUAUGCUCUUUUCAGAAUGCCAAACAAAACUGGUUUGCAACUUAACUGUCAAGAAAACUGAUGGCAAAAUGCAGAUGUACACAUGCUUUAAUGAUGGCCUGCAAAGUUUUCUCAUCUCCAUCAACAAAGGCGACACUAGAAUAGAUGACUUAUCACCUAAAGAACUGAACAAGCUUUUCUUAACUGCUGGAACUAAGCAACUUAUUGUGGAUAAUUCAACCUCUGUCAUUCAUCAGGUUCUCUUUUAGACCUCAAAACACGUCGAAGGUAUAAACACUACAGAAAAACAUUUAUUUGCAUAUUUUGAGUUUUUGUUGAACUACAGGCAUAAUGUCUGAUAUUCUCUGCUUUUCUUGUAUAAUACAGAGAAAUUCAUUCAAAAAAGUUAAAUUUAGAGUUCGUUUAGUUGUAAAACUGGAACCAGCAUUAUUGUUCUUGUUCAUAUUGUAUCUAGAUGACUGUGUACAAUGGUCUUGCUGAUAUUCAACUCAUAUUGAUCAUAUUGUAUAAGCCAAAAUCUAGUUAUUGGUCAACCAAGACCAUCCAUGAUAUAUUGUUUCUAAUCAACAAACAUUUCACAAUUAUAUUACAAAAUAGAGUGAAAGUACAGACAAAUAUUAUUUUAAAGGGAUUUUAUUGAAUAUAUUUUUAUAUAAGAUGUUACUGUUCAUAUUAUAACUAUAUCAAUAUUUUUGAAAAGCCACAAAAAUUGUAUUCACGUUAUAUAUUUAUAUUGAAGUGGAAAUAAAAUGUUUAUAUUUUGCAAAA